UACUGUUUUGGUUUUUUGUUGUUGUUUUGUUUGUUUGUUUUGCUCCAUGUGGCCGCCCUGGCCCUAACUUUGCAGACAGCUGCUCUGGCUGUCCUCACCUCAUCUUGGCCCUGAAUUCCCACCUCACGUUGAGAGGAGUCAGAGAAAUAACGUGUGGGAAAUGGCUUUGCAAACUCCAAAGAACUAUAACAUCAAAGCUCAGAGUGAACAGGAGACCCAGGGACAGGGUACUUUGCUGAGAACUGACCAGCGACCGGCUGGCUGCCCAGGAGAACAGACAGCCAUAAUGGAACCCAAACCUCAGAAGAGUCCAGGCAAACAAUUUACAUUUUAUUAUGAAAAUGAAGUCUGCAAACAAGAUUACUUUAUUAAAUCACCACCUCCUCAGCUUUUCUUCUCUGCUUCUUCUUGGAAAAAGCGGUUUUUCAUUCUGUCAAAGAGUGGGGGAAGGAGACUUCACGUCUCCUAUUACAAAGACGAACAUCGCCGAGGUUCCAUUGAAAUUGACCGAAACUCCAGUGUAGAAGUUGGCAUAAGUAGCCAUGAAAAAAUGCAAUCUGUAUGUAAGAUGUUCAAAUGCCACCCUGAUGAGGUGAUGUCCAUCAGAACCACUAACAGGGAAUAUUUCCUCAUUGGCCAUGACAGGGAGAAGAUUAAAGACUGGGUCUCCUUCAUGUCAUCAUUUUGCUGGGACGCCAAAGCAGCACGCCAGAACACAGAGCAGGAGAAAUUCUCCCUGGGUGGUAAAAGGCCUUCUUCAGACCCCAGUCCUCUCCUUGGUCCUUCCAGCGCAUCAGAGGCUGUCAGCCCCACCCCACCAAGAAAUAGUCUUCCAGACAUGCAUUUAAUGGAAAACAAUUCUCCAGGACUCAGACAAGCUCAUCUGCCACAUGAUUUCUUAUCAGAGACUACUGAAGAUACAGAAGAAGAGAGUCAUUAUAUUAGUCCUCGAAGUAUUCUUUUACAGUUGGACAGUCUUAUUGCUUCCAAUGAUUCUGGUCAACCUGCUGAACCCGGUAGUCCAGAACAGUUCUCGGAGACAAAUGAACAUCAUUACAUGCCAAUGAAAUCCUGUUUUUUCAGAGAGGCAUCCCACAAGUCUGCUGAUAGCAAAGAGGGAUCCCAGGCCCUUCCAGAGAUCCAGAACGGGGGGCUUCACUUGCAAGAACAAGGCUCACAAAGUGACUCUUGUCUUCCCCCUGCCAAUAUGGAAGCACAGACCGUGAAUGACAAAAAGGGGUUGGCCUCACUUACUGUUGUGCAAUUAUCUAUACUAAUCAAUAACAUCCCUGAUGAAAGCCAAGUGGAGAGACUGAAUGUGUUCCUUUCUCCUUCUGACGUCAUAAAUUAUCUUAGUCUCAUGGAAGCUGCAGGACGGAUAUGUGUGGCUCAGUGGCAAGGCCCCCCGCACCUGGGAUGUUUAUUUUUUCACGGAGAUCACAUCUUGGCUGUGAAUGACCUGAUGCCCCAGGGCCUGGAGGAGGCUUCCUUGUUUCUCAGUCGGUCUGUCCAGAAGGAGAAAAUAAAACUCACCAUCGGCCGGAUCCCAAAUUCAGAGAAAUUUCAUGCUGUCGCCUGUACGUGCCCCUUAAAAUACAAAGGUGUUGUACCUUGUCGACGGGGUGAGUCUGGACUGGAGAAGACCCUGAAGAGGAGUCCAGCCAUUAAAAAGGGUCAACACCAACGAACUGGAGAGUCACAUGCCAGGACCCACUGCUGAGGAGCAAGGGUGGGCCCUAGACUCUGCUGGGGCCCUGCCUCUCCCUCUCACCGCUGUGUGAGAUAACGCACAUCAGCACACCUCUCUGAUUUUCCGUACCUACCCCUUAACGGCGGGGAAAACUAUCACCUCUCCAGCUAUUCAUCAGGGAUGCUGAGAGGGUCGAGGGGGAUAAUGACUGUGGAACGCAGAGAAAAUGUAAGGCCUUGUUAGCUCAGACGUUGUCCCACACACCACAGAGAUUGUUAAGUCCCUCAUCUGAAAUGCACUGUGUGUUCUCCGAGGUCAUGGUCCGCACAAUCCCUUCUUUGUUAGGGAACAUGCAGUUGGAAACGCUCAUUCCAGGAAGGCAAGAUUCCCGAGAGACGUGAUACCAUAUCAGCCUUCCCAAACACCUCCCCCUAUUCAUCACACCCACCCAUGGUCCAAAAUGCUGAGGCAGGGUGGACCCUUGGCUUCAAUAAUCAUCUGGUUUUCUUAAAGACCCAGAAAGUAUUCUAGAAGUUGAAGCGGUUUUAGGUCGCAUACAGCAAAGGUCUGUUUUCUCUACAAGUAAUGAGGCAACAACGUAGCACUUCUACGUUUGAAAGGUCGUAACUGAUUGGCGCAUUAACUAAUUGAUCCUACAAGGCCAAAAACGUCAAAUCUUUUUUCAUAAGUAGGAAGACAAAGGCAGCGAAAGGACUAAUCGAAUCCGGGAACGUUCGAGCAAAAGGAGGCUUCAGAAAAUAUAUCUUACUAUGCUGUCAUUUUUGUACAGGAAGACGUCAAGGCCCCAAACGUUUAAUACAAACAAACAAAACAGAAGCAGACUCAUACAUACAGCGAACAAAAUGGUGGCUGCAGAGUGGAGGUGAUGGGGGGGACAGGCAAAGUAGGUGAAGGAGAUUAAGAGGCACAACCCUCCAGUUAUAAAAUAGGGAAUGAAAAAUCCAGCAUGGGGAAUAUAGUCAAUAACAUUGCAAUAACAUUGCAUGAUGUCAGAUGAUGACUCCAUUUAUGUGGUAAGCAUGGCAUAAUGUAUAGAACUGUUGAAUCACUAGGUUGGACACCUGAAACUCAUAUAACAUGCUAUGUUUUAAAAAAUAAUAAUAGUAACAAUAUACUUCCUUUGUAGUUCCCAGUUUCAUAGCUGUUUAGUGACAGACCAAGAAUCUAAAACCAGCUCUGAGAAACAGAUGUCCUGCUCCUCACUUUGUAUUUAGAUUUAGGUUUGAAAAGACCUUGUGCAGAUAGAAGAAACAUUCAAAUGCAGUUCAUUUUCUGUUUUCCAGAUUGUACGGAACAUAUACAAAUUUUUAGUUUACUGUUCCUUUUUUUAAAAAAGUGUUUUAAUGCUUAUUAUUUUUGAGGGAGAGACAGAGACAGAGAGCAAGCAGGGGAGGG